CGUAGCACUUCCUCAAAGUACAGACUAUAUAACUGCUAACACAGCGACCUACUUCAUCACAGGAAAACAACCGAUCAAAGGACAUCUUCUGACAUCUACUCUCCAAGUUUGCAACUAAGAAUGCUGCUCUGUGGUUGUGUGCUGCUGAUCUUGGGCUCGGCCCUGUCCAAUCCCCUGGAUGAUCUGUCAUUGGAUGCACACUGGGACUUAUGGAAGACCACCCACAUGAGAGAAUACAAUAGCUUGGGUGAGGAGGAAAUCCGGAGGACCAUUUGGGAGAAGAACAUGCGUCUGAUCAAAGCCCACAACGAGGAGGCUGCUCUGGGCCUUCACUCAUACGAGCUUGGCAUGAACCACCUGGGAGACAUGACUUCAGAGGAGAUAGUUGAGAAGCUGACUGGCCUCCAGGUGCCCAUGAACAGGGACCAAAGCAACACCUGGAUCCCGGACAACAAGGUGGAGAAGCUCCCCAGGUCAAUCGACUACCGCAAGAAGGGUAUGGUGACCUCAGUGAAGGACCAGGGCUCUUGUGGUUCCUGCUGGGCCUUCAGCUCUGCUGGGGCCUUGGAGGGCCAGCUGAUGAAGACCACUGGCAAGCUAAUAGACCUCAGCCCCCAGAACCUGGUGGACUGUGUCACUGAGAACAAUGGCUGUGGUGGAGGUUACAUGACCAAUGCCUUCAAAUACGUGGAGGAUAAUGGAGGCAUUGACUCAGAGGAGGCUUACCCAUACCUUGGCCAGGAUGAGCAGUGUGCGUACAACUCGUCUGGUAUGGCAGCCCAGUGUCGUGGGUUCAAAGAGAUCCCUGAGGGAGACGAGCGGGCACUGACCAAGGCUGUAGCCAAAGUGGGGCCUGUGUCUGUGGGCAUCGAUGCCACCCUCUCCACCUUCCAGUUCUACCAGAGAGGUGUGUACUACGACCCUAAUUGCAACAAGGAUGACAUCAACCACGCUGUGCUUGCAGUGGGCUACGGACAAACCGCCAAGGGACAGAAAUUCUGGAUCGUCAAGAACAGCUGGAGCGAGAGCUGGGGCAACAAAGGCUACAUCAUGAUGGCGCGCAACCACAGGAAUGCCUGUGGCAUUGCUAACCUGGCCAGUUUCCCCAUCAUGUGAGCACCAAGCAGCAAAGGUCAACAUUGAAAUAAAGGAACCAUGUCCGAACCACAUAUCAACGACUACACCAAUACAGAACAUGAUACUCUGUUUCUGGAAUAUCACAUUUGAAUAGUUUGGAGAUUUGGGUAUCACAGAGUUCUUUUAUAAGCACUUUGAAAAGCCACAUACUCAAACUAACAAACUUCAAUCGUAGUCUGAUCUACAGUGGAACAACUUCAGUUGUGAUGAGGAAUGUGUGCAGUGCACAGCACUUUACAUAAGUUGUAUUCAUUGUGUCAGGGAACAUUGCUGUGCAAUGGGAGUUUUGUCUCACUUAUCAACUCGAAAAAGGGCUUAAAUGUAACAAAUACUGGUCUGUGCGUCAAGAUUUCUCCUGGUGGGUUUCUGUGUUCAGUGAUUGUUUUUAUGUCAUUCAGUCCUUCUAUACCAAAUAUUGCUGAUUCAAUUGUUACCUAUUAUUUAGUAUUAACUUUAAUAAAAGUUGAUACAUUUGGAAAUCAA